AUGAUGACUCGUUUGCGUGAGUCCCUGGCUGGUCCAGGGUACGUGAUCCUGAACGUCAUUCGCGUUCUGAACAUUAUCACUUUUAUGGAUCUCAUAGCUGCUUGUGCAGUUAUGCUGGCCAAGAUUAAGAUGCUGAACAGCUACUUCUUCUUCGAGGCUGUGACCCAUGCCGUUGUGGCUCUGGUCAGCCUCUUUAUGAUUAUCUCUGAGCUUCCCAUCCUACAGAGCUAUUUUGACAAUCAUUGGCCGAUGUUUGGGCAGCAAUCCAGCUUUUAUUCUCUCGGUGGGAUCAUGAUGAUCCUGGGCGUCUCAACCCUUGGCGCGCUGAACACUGAGGCCAUGACCCAGGAGUCCAUUGGCAUGGCCUUCUGGCGGAUUAUCACUUCCGCUGGCAUCUUGGCCAUGAUCGUUAGCGUGUUGAACGUCGUGGCAAGCUUCAUCUUCAGCGAUCCCGAAACCGGCGUCAGUGCCCGUCAGGUGCGGGUAGACGGUGCAGUCGCGCCUCAGAAGGCAAUGAGCCGGACAAGCAGCAGCCACAGCAGCCGCAGCAGUCAUAGUAGCCAUCGCGCCCUUCAUCUAGGCGCAAAGGAGGACACCCUGCCCAUGUACACUCGCCAGAACCCUGUCAAGCGUGCCACCAAGCGUCUCACUGGCCGAUUCCCCCUCAAGAUCUCUCGUCCCGUGGAUCCUACUUUAAUUGAGCAAAACGAUGCCGCUUCGUCCAAGUACUCUCGCGACUCUGGAGAUAUCCGUCCUCCUGACCUGGCCCAUCACCCUGCUAUGUACUCGGGCCACAUGGUUUGA